AGAAGCGGUUAGAGCCUCACUGACCUCGGCGUGCCGCCGGAGCCAGGGCGAGCCAAUGACUGCAGCGACCUGGGGCACAUGGCAGGGGGCGGGGCGUCGGCCGGAAGGGGCGGGGCGAAGCGAGCGACCUGUUGGCGCGACAUGGACCAAAGACUGUCAGAGCUGGUCGAGGACCUCACGACCUCGGGAGAGCCGCAGCUGAACGCGGAGAAGAUGAAGGAGCUGAAGAAAAUCUGCAAGUCGUCGGAGGAGCAGCUGAGCCGCGCCUACCACCUGCUGAUGGCCCAGCUGAGCCGGGAGCACGCCGAGGUCCGCCUCUCCGCCUUCCAGAUCGUGGGCGAGCUCUUCGGCCGGUCGCACCUGUUCAGGGUGCUGGUCGUGUCCAACUUCCAGGAGUUCCUGGAGCUUACCCUGGGCACUGACCACAGGAAGCCCCUGCCGCCGCCCCAGGAGGUGGCCCGGAGGCUGAAGCAGGCCGUCACCCUGGCUGUCCAGGGCUGGAAUGAGAAGUUUGGCGCGGCCUAUAAGAAGCUCGCCUUGGGCUACCACUUCUUGAAACACAGCCAGCAGGUGGACUUUCAGGACGUGGACGCCCGGACGCCGGCGGAGAGGAAGCGGGAGGAGGAGAGGCAGAGGCGCCUGGACCGCAUCUACCGGCAAAGGUCCGAGCAGGCCGUGCGAGAGAUGCAGGAGAUGUCCGAAGAGAUCCGGGGCUGCCUGGUGGAGGCAGACAGCUGCUUCCGGCUGCUGCUGCCCUUCGACCUGGGGCCCUGCCCGGGGGCCGCCCCCCCCGCCACGGCCCGCCCCGCUGGCACCGCCGACCCUGGAGACGGGGAGCAGCCGUGCUGCAGCAAGACCCUGCCCGACUGCGCUCGCCCUGCCGGGGCCCCCGGCGGGGAGGGGCCGCGCCUGGCCUGCACCGGGGCCCCCUCGGAGGACGAAGAGGAGGAGGAGGAGGACGAGGACGACAGCGAUGACAGCGACCCGGAGGAGUUCCUGCGGCACCACGGGCUGGGCUCCCACAAGUACACGCUGGACCUGGAGCUCCGCCCAGACGGCCUGAGGGUGCGGGCGGACGAGGACAACUGCGCUGUCAUCCAGUCGGCCCAGGACAUGCUGAAGCUCAUCCGGAACAAGUUCCUGCCCGCCGUGUGCUCCUGGGUCCAGCUCUUCACCCGUGCGGGGACGCACCGUGGCCACUUAGAGGCCGCCAUCGGCCUGAAGGCAGACCUGGAGGCGGCCCUGCGGAGGUCCCAGGAGCUGGACAUCGAGCCUGCGGGGCUGCCCGGCAGGGAGGCGGCAGCCCCGGGGGACGAGGACGAGGACGAGGACGACUUCGUGGAAGUCCCCGAGAAGGAGGGCUACGAGGCCUGUGUCCCCGAGCACCUGUGGCCCAAGGGCGGGCCGGAGACGGACCCGGCCUCGCAGGACUUGCAGGCGAGGAAGAGGGCGAGGAUGGACGAGGAGGCAAGCGACCCCACCUCUGCGGCCGCCCAGCCUCACUGGCUCCGCGGCCCCGUGAGCCCAGCCCCGUGCCCGAGCCCCAGGGCACCGCUGGGGCCCGAGGAGGCCGGGAAGCUGGCCGCAGAGCGUGCCCGGGCGCCCGUCCUGCCCUUCGGGGUGGACCUGUGCACCUGGGGCCAGGAGCCGCCCACAGCCGUGAAGGUCAUCAAGGCCGAGUCGCAGCACCGCUUCUGGAGGCCCCGCGAGGUGGACGAGGAGGCGGCCAGCGCCGCGGCCUCCGAGGGGCUGCACAGCCGCCGCAUCACCUUUGCGGGGCGGUUCGAGCCCGUGCGGCACCGGUGCCGAGCCCCAAAGCCCAACGGCCAGCUCUGCGAGCGCCAGGACCGGCUGAAGUGCCCGUUCCACGGCAAGAUCGUCCCCAGAGAUGACGCGGGACGGCCCCUCUGCCCGGAGGACAGGGCUCGGGAGCAGAGGCAGCAGCUGCAGAGGCAGGCCCAGCGCCCAGACUGGCGGGACCCUGAGCUGAUGAGAGACGUGGAGGCGGCCGUGGGCGUGGACCUCGGCUCGUCCGGGGCCCGCGGGAGAGGCAGAGGCGGGAGGAGGCGGCGCCCCGGCCUCACCAACCUGAAGCAGCAGGCCGACACCGCCCGCGCACGCAUCGCCAGGAAGGUCUUCGCCAAGGCGGCCAUGCGGCGGGUGAGCACAGCCCUGGACCAGAUGGACCGGAGGAAGCACAGGAAGUUCGCAAACCAGUUCAACUACGCUCUGAGCUAGAGGCGGGGCCCCUGCGCCGAGGUGCCCAGGCCCGCCAGCCCCCCUGUGGCCCGCCAGUGCGCCGAGGGGCGCCACGCACGUGGGUUCGGGUGGCCUCCGUGC